AUGUCGACUUCAAAGCCGAUUGUGUUGAGAAGCUCAGAUGGUGAGACCUUUGAGGUGGAAGAGGCCGUGGCUUUGGAGUCACAAACUGUCAAGCAUAUAAUCGAAGAUGAUUGUGCUGAUUCCAUCAUUCCUCUACCGAAUGUAACCGGCAACAUCUUGUCCAAGAUCAUCGAGUACUCCAAGAAGCAUGUCGAGACCCUUAAAUCCGAAGACAAUACUUCCAACGAUGUUAUCAAAAGCUUCGAUGCCAACUUCGUCGAAGUCGACCAGGUCACCCUCUUCGAUCUCAUCUUGGCUGCAACUUAUUUAGACAACAAGAGUUUGUUAGACCUAACAUGUCAAAAAGUGGCGGACAUGAUCAAAGGAAAGACUCCAGAGGAGAUUCGCAACACUUUUAACAUUAAAAAUUACUUUACUCAUGAGGAAGAAGAGGAGGUUGGUAGGGAGAAUGUACAGGCGUUUGAGUGAAAUGUGAAGCUGGGGCUAUGCAAUGUCAAUACCCAUAUUAAGAUUAUUAUAUUAUGUCAAUCAUGUUAAGAUUACUAUAUUAUAAAUUUAUAGCAUAUGCUUAUUAUACAUAUUUUGUUUACAUUGGUCAAAUACAUGCUGCUUUUUUUUUUUUUGCUUUGUGAAAACCUACUUUCUUUCACCUUCCUUAUUGGCAAGGCAAA